CUCACUAGUUUGGCGCUCGGCGGCUCCCGUACUGCACAUGCGCGCCUCGUGUGUUUCGGACUGACACAGGAAGACACGUGUGUCCCGGUGUGUUUACUCGUGUGUUCUUCUAUGUCAGAGCGAAGCGUGUUACCGUAAGGGGGAGAGGUCAUGGCUUCCGUACUAAAUCUGAAUAAUGAGGUAGUAAAAAUGCGGAAAGAUGUGAAGAAGGUGAAAGUCCUUACUAUUCGGAGGCUUACAAGAAAUCUUUCCAAACUGAAAUCAAAAAAGGGAACAGAAGAGCUAAUCCAAAAGAAUCAGAGACGGGCGCAAAGGCUUCUUGAAGAAAUUCACACUAUCAAGAAACUAAGACCUGAUGAUGUCACAAAAACUGCUCUACAGAAGGAAAUGAACUUUGAAAAAGUAUGCAAAAAGCCAAACAGCACAAUUGAAACUCGAGCAUUAGCAAGGUUAGCCACACACCCACUGUUGAUGCAGAAAAUAUCUACUAUUAAAGAUGCCGUCAAAGCUUUCAAAGAAGCCAGAAAAAUUGCUGCAGAGCAGGAGGCUAAAAUAGAAGAAACAUACCAGCAUGAUGAGCCUGUGCAAAUUGUGGGAACAGACACAGAUAAACAGUGUAAGCAGAAGAAAACAAAACAAAACCAAACAGCAAAAGACUCAAAGAAAAUAGAGGAAAAUUCUUUGGACAAUUCCCCUUGUAAAACACUACACAACGAGACUGAUUUUGUUGCUAGCAAUCAGCAACACGAGGAGAACAUUCUUGAUUCUCACAAUGGUCUAAAGCAAGCGUCACUCACAGUACCUAAAGCUGAAAUGAAAGUAGUAGAGGGUGUCCCAGAGAAGCCAACCUCAAUCACAGUCCCUAAAGUAUCAGCUGAACAGAAAAUAGUAGAAGGUGUCCCAGAGAAGCCAGCAUCGCUUACAUUCCCUAAAGUAUCGGCUCAACAGAAAAUAGUAGGUGUCCCAGAGAAGCCAGCAUCAAUUACAGUCCCUAAAGUAUCGGCUCAACAGAAAAUAGUAGGUGUCCCAGAGAAGCCAGCAUCAAUUACAGUCCCUAAAGUAUCGGCUCAACAGAAAAUAGUAGGUGUCCCAGAGAAGCCAGCAUCAGUUACAGUCCCUAAAGUAUCGGCUCAACAGAAAAUAGUAGGUGUCCCAGAGAAGCCAGCAUCAAUUACAGUCCCUAAAGUAUUGGCUCAACAGAAAAUAGCAGGUGGUGUCCCAGAGAAGCCAGCAUCAAUUACAGUUCCUAAAGUAUCGGCUGAAAAGAAACCAGUGGUAGGUGACCCAGAAAAGCAAAAAGAAAAGAAAAUUAAGAAUAAACUUGGACUUGGAAAGAAAACUCCCAUUGGCGAAUCUGGCUCUGACUCCAGUGAUAUUGAGGACUCUGACAAUGAAGACAAGGAAUAUUUUGAUGACAGUACAGAAGAAAGGUUUUAUAAGCAAAGCUCUGGUUUUGAGGACAGUGAUAGUGACAGUGAGGAUGACUUUUUUAUAGGAAAAGUGAGAAGAACAAAGAAAAAAAAGUCAAGCAAAAAACCUCCUGCAGAUAAAGAAGAGAAGCUUCCAACAGAUUCCACAAAAUCCGCAGCUGGAGGUAUGAAGAGUCAGAAAGAGAAUCCAGCUCCCAAGAGUGUAAAACUAGAGUCUGUUUUUUGCACUUCCUUAUCAAACACAAAACAAAAAUCAUCAUUUAUGAAGAGAGAGCCAACACUACCUCCUGUAAGGAAUAAGCAAGCAGCUUUUCCACAGGCACCCAAAUUUGUAAAGAAACCUCAAGCUGGCAGAAACAGCAUGAUGAAAUCACAAGGUAAACCGGAGCCAACUCUUCACCCUUCAUGGGAGGCCAGCAGAAAACGCAAAGCGCAGUCUCAGAUUGCCGUAUUCCAAGGGAAGAAGAUUGUAUUUGAUGAUUAGGUUUUAGAAAUUAAAAGCUCUAGAUAAUUUUUUCUAUGUUUUAGAUAGUGUGGGGAAAGGUUAGAACCUCUUUCUGUAAGUUGUAGUGUCCCUGUUGAAGACACAGCCCACUAUAGAGGUCACUGGGAAAAGGAGUGAAUAAUAAUCUCUACAUUAGGGAUCAGCAAAAGCCGAAAAGAGUUUCUAAUCCAUCUACACACUUUCCAAAACUUUAAAAAACAAACUGUAAAUUUUAUAUAAAGUUACUGUGUCUAUGUCCAGUAAACUGUGUUACUAUAAUUUUAUCUGUCAUUUUUUUUAUAAUAAAGUUUUUCAGGGCAGUAUAAAAAAA